CGUCAGGGCGGCGCGCGGGUGUGUUUGAAUCUGGUCCGAGCGCGGGAAACGAUGGGUCCCUGGUGAGGUGAGCACUGCGCGGUGUUUUUCUGGGAGAUCUCAUUCAGGAAGGAGAAUGAGCAAGGUCCCUUGAGCUCUCAUUAUCCUGUAGGGGUGAAGAGGAGGCUGCUGAAGCUAGGCUUGAAUGCACUCUCUAACAAGUUCCCAGGGUUGUAAAACAGGCUCCCUUAGAGACAGUUUCAUCUGUCAUGGAAAAACGGGAGACAUUUGUCCAAGCGGUUUCAAAGGAACUGGUUGAGGAGUUUCUGCAGUUUGUUCAACUUGAUAAAGAUUCUUCUGAACCUUUCAGUUUAAGUGAGUUACUAGACGAAUUAUCAAGGAAACAGAAAGAGGAAUUAUGGCAAAGGCUGAAGGACUUACUGACAGAAACGUUGUUAGAAAGCCCGGUGGAUGGGUGGCAGACAGUGGAAGACCAGGGUGAAGAUGGAAUGGAAUCCGAGCCCAGUCCUAAGAUGAAAAAGAGCAUAGAAAUAAUACAUGCAAUUACAUCUGUAAUUCUUGCUUCUGUAUCUGUAAUAAAUGAACAUGAGAACUAUGGGGCCCUCCUGGAGUGUGCUGUUAUAUUAAAUGGUAUUUUAUAUGCACUACCUGAAUCUGAACAAAAACUCCAGAACUCUAUUCAGGAUCUGUGUGUCAAAUGGUGGGAAAAGGGCCUGCCUGCCAAGGAGGACAUGGGGAAGACUGCAUUUGUCAUGCUGCUGAGGAGAAGUCUGGAGACUAAGACAGGGGCAGACGUGUGUCGGCUGUGGCGCAUCCAUCAGGCCUUGUACUGCUUUGGUUUUGAUUUGGAGGAAAACAGAGACAUUAAAGACAUGCUGCUCGAGUGCUUCAUAAAUGUUAAUUACAUCAAGAAGGAAGAGGGAAGAAGAUUUCUUAGUUUUCUUUUCAGUUGGAAUAUAGACUUUAUUAAAAUGAUCCAUGAGACCAUUAAAAAUCAGUUGUCUGGAUUACAAAAGUCCUUGAUGGUACACAUUGCAGAAAUUUACUUCAGAGCUUGGAAAAAGGCUUCAGGGAAAAUAUUGAAGACCAUUGAAAAUGCCUGCAUCCAGGACUUCAUGUUCCAUGGCAUCCACCUUCCAAGGAGAUCUCCAGUGCACUGCAAAGUGCGAGAGGUGCUGAGUUACUUUCAUCAACAGAAAGUCCGUCAGGGAGUGGAAGAGAUGCUGUAUAGGUUAUAUAAGCCCAUCCUGUGGAGAGGACUGAAGGCCAGAAAUUCUGAAGUUCGAUCAAAUGCUGCCUUGUUGUUUGUUGAAGCGUUUCCUGUUAGAGAUCCAAACUUCAUUGCCACUGAAAUGGACAGUGAAAUUCAGAAGCAGUUUGAAGAACUAUAUAGCCUUUUAGAAGAUCCUUAUCCUAGGGUCCGUUCCACAGGCAUCCUUGGUGUUUGUAAAAUAACGUGUAAAUACUGGGAAAUGAUGCCUCCUACCAUUCUCGUUGACCUCUUGAAGAAAGUCACAGGGGAGCUGGCAUUUGAUACGAGCUCAGCUGAUGUCCGUUGUUCUGUUUUUAAGUGUUUGCCAAUUAUUUUGGACAACAAGCUGAGCCACCCAUUAUUAGAACAGCUUUUGCCACCACUCAGGUAUAGUCUCCAUGAUAAUUCAGAGAAAGUGAGGGUGGCUUUUGUGGAUUUGUUGCUGAAAAUCAAAGCCGUGAGAGCUGCAAAGUUUUGGAAAAUAUGCCCCAUGGAGGACAUUUUGGUUCGCUUGGAAAUGGAUUCUCGGCCUGUGUCUCGGCGCCUGGUGAACCUCAUCUUCAACUCUUUUCUGCCCGUGAACCAGCCAGAGGAGGUGUGGUGCGAGCGCUGUGUCACACUGAUCCAGAUGAAUCGCGCAGCUGCCAGGAAGUUCUAUCAGUAUGCCCACGAGCACACCGCCAGCACCAACAUAGCAAAGCUCAUCCAUGUCAUCCGUCACUGCUUGAAUGCCUGUAUCCAGAGGACGCUGCAAGAGUGCCCGGAGGCCCAUAAGGAGUGCGAGAAGGAGAACGCCAGCGUACUAGAUAAAACAUUGUCAGUGAGUGAUACUGCGUCCAUGGCAGGUUUACUAGAAGUCAUUGUGAUUCUCUGGAAGAGCAUCCAUAGAAGUCUGGAAAAUAAUAAAGAGGCCAAAGUUUAUACCAUUAACAAGUUUGCAUCUGUGCUUCCAGAGUACCUGAAGGUGUUCAAGGACGAGCGCUGCAAGAUCCCCUUGUUUAUGCUAAUGUCAUUCCUGCCAGCCUCUGCUGUCCCUGUGUUCAGUUGUGGUGUGAUUUCUGUCCUGAGAAAUCAGGAGGAGACUGUUACAGGCAGGAGCUACUGUACCUUGCUGGAUUGUCUCUGUUCCUGGGGGCAAGUAGGGCAUGUCCUGGAGCUCAUUGUUGACUGGCUGACAAUAAGGCCACGUCAGACCAAGAGUAAUUUGUCCUCUAAAUGUAAAGUGCAAAUCAAUGAUACGUGCCCGGUAAAACAUGAGCUAGCAUUGUUGUACAUGGAGUAUUUGCUGACCCAUCCAAAGAAUCGAGAGUGUCUGCUCUCUGCACCCCAGAAGAAACUUAACCAGCUUUUAAAAGCACUUGAAGGAUCCAAGGCAGAUCUGGAAUUUUUUCUUCAGUCUCCAAGUGGGCAUCCCCUCAACUUCAACAAAGAAGCUGCAUCGCAUGCCUUUGCUCUACACUGUCGACUGAGCGUCCAUCUUCAGUACAAGUUCUCAGAAGAGAAAAUUCAUCUGUCCAUCUUGAAUGAAACCGGAUCUUGGUUAGAAAACAAAGUUUUGCCUCUUCUUCAAGACCAAGAAGACGAGUUUCUGAAGCUUCGGAGGGACGUCUAUCAGCAGGUUAUCCAGACUUACCUGGCUGUGGGUAAAGAUGUUGUCAUGGUGGGCCUUGGAGACACUAAAUUUCAGAUACAGCUUUUACAGUGGAGUCUCGGAAUAAUGAAAACAGUGAAGGAAUUUUUUUACAUUUCAUUACUUCUUGGCAUUCUCAAGGAGAUAGCUGGAAGCUCCAUGAUUCAGAAAACAGAUUCAGAAGAAGUCACGGUGCUGUUUGAUUUAGUGCAGGAAGUAUUUCAGAAAAUGUUGGAAUGUGUUGCCUGGACCUUCAGGAAGCAGCCAGAAGAAAGUCUGCAGCUCUUUCAUUCUGUACAGUCCCCUCUUCAUGAAUUUAUCAGCACUAUUCAGUCCUGGUACAGGGACACUGCAGUCCACCAUGGUAUACUUUCUACUCUGAUUGCUGCACUUGUGGUUGAGAUAAGUCAUCAACUGCAGAAGGUUUCUGAUAUAGAAGAGCUGACCACACCGCAAUGUCCUGCUGACCUUCCUCCAUUUUCAAGGUGUUUAGUUGGUGUAAUAAUGAAGUCUUUGGAUGUGGUCAGGUCAUUUUUGGAUGAACUAAAGGCUUGUGUAACCUCUGGUGAUAUUGAAGGCAUUGUGUGCCUCACAGCUGUUCUGCAUAUUAUUUUGGUUAUUAACAAAGGUAAACAUAGAAGUGCAAAGCUGAAGGAGGUUGUAGAGACUGUGAACAGAAAGCUGAAGACAUUUAUGGAGAUCACUUUGGAAGAGGAUAGUCUAGAAAGGUUCUUGUACGAAUCAUCAAUAAGAACUUUGGGAGAGUUUCUAAAUUCAUGACAAAACCACCAUCUUUGGAUGUGUAGAAAUAGACUCAUGAAAGUGAAAUGUGUGUAUAUCUUUCUUGCUUUUUCUUCUUUUGUCAGGCUAAGCCUGGAGUCCUGAGUCUGUAGUUACCCAAAGACGAAAGCCAGUAGAGCACUGGUGCUCUACUCCACACGCUGUGCCUUUAAUCAGCUGCCAGUCAAGGAGAGUGGUAAAGACGUGUGGGAGAAAGACUGGCAGCUCGUAUGGAAACUGUGGCCUUGGCCAGCUCUUGAGUUCGGUGGCCUAUAACUUACCUACUAUUUAUUAUUUGUUAUAAAUUUUCGCUGGAACAGAUUUCUCUUUGAACUUUCAGCAGGGCUACCAUUAGCCCACACAGAACCUUUGCUCAAAUGCUGAAAAGAAUCACUUUGCCAAGACAUUUUACUUCACUGCCAUGUGUUGUACAGUUGUAAUAAAUACACAAAUAUACAGCAUUGAUAUGAAGUGUCUACUCUGUUGCACUCGUGAGGUGCCAGCAGUCCUACUCCAUUAAAGGUCAUUAUCAGAUCAGAGAAGACUUCUCGUUUGAGUGUUGCUGUGUACUAUACGUAAUCGGGGAUAGAGCAGAAAUAAGGUUCAAAAACGCCUGCGAAAGUGGAAAGUGAAUUGAGGAAGGCCUGUGCCAGGAAUGGGUUGCUACCUAGAAAUGAUUGUCAUAUCUUAAGACCACAGUAGAAUGUUGCUCAAUGCUCAAUUCGCCCUGCUUUUCCUCCGCAUGUCUAUGGCAGAGACACUGGUCUUUUCCUAUAUUGAUGAUUAUAGAAGACUAAGCAGAGAACUCAAGAGUUAAAUGCUUGUCCAAGGCCCAUAUAAAUAAUGGGUUAAUAGCUGGACAGUGGUUAUGCACUCUCUUAAUUCCAGCACCUGGAGAGGUUGCCUGCAGAAGCAGAAGGAUCUCUGAGUUUGGGGCCAGCCUGAUCUACACAGUGAGUUCCAGGACAGCCAAGGCUAUACAGAGAAACCCUGUUUCCAAACACAAGAACAACAACAAAUAAUGGGUUAACGAUGUGAAAGAGAAGAAGGAUCUGGUUUUAAAUUGACAUUUGUAUAAUAUGGCAACCACGAGUAGGCAGUGACAACAGUUUUGUAUCAUUCAUUUAAAAAUGCUAGCAAGUGGUCCCUUGAGCACAUGUGGAGAAGCAAUGGCACCAACACUGUGGUAGAAGGAUCCUCUACCUCAGGACAAUACUAGGCUUCUAUAGCCUCUGUCACCCCUCAACACACUUGCCUCAGCAAAGACUCUGGCAAACAGGGUUGAGUGGCCUGAACUCAGCAUAGGGAGCUCAGGGAUUACUGCAUUGGUGAUGGUGGAUGGCCUCAGCAGGUGGUAAAGAUGAGAUAGCCAGAUCAAGCUGAGAACUGUGACACCAUACAUUAUUAGACUGUUGGCAGAAAUUGAACCAGUUUGCCUUCUAGUCAACUUGUGACAAAUUCAGCAAGGAUAUGCAUAAGUUGGCCAACUAACAAAACUUACUGUUUUAAUGAUAAAGCAUAAGUGUGGUGUGCUGCUGGGAGACGAUCUGCAGAAUAAGAAGACUUUGCAUCGUGACGUAGCAUGUCUUUCAACUUACUGAUGACUAGGAAUAGAAACCAGUGUUAAACCAUGUCCUAAACAUCUGUGAGAAACGUGGCAUUUUUGACAACAUGAUUCUCCAGGAAGUUGGCUUUGAGAUUACUGAGACAGGAACUACCACAAGAAGACAGCCUUAUCUGAAUGGAAUGCAGACACACAAAAGACCACAGACAACUGAACAAGUUAUAAUAUUUUUACACUUGCCAGUGGCCAAAUAAAUGAGAAGCCAUUGAUGAUCCCACCACACUGCUUAAGACUUUUCCUCUCCUUGUUUUUGUUUGUCCUCCUUUUAUUCCUCUUCAGGUUUUAAUACUUUCAAGGACUUUUUAAAAUAAUAAAAGACAUGGCAUUUAACUGAGCUGAAGAAGUUGGUUACUAGUUUCUUUUUUUUUUUUAGUAUAUCAACUAUAACAUAACCUUAAAAAUGGGGAUAUAUAUAUAUAUAUAUCC